AUCCGCAGCCGCCGCAGCAGCAGCAGCAGCAGCCGCCGCCGUUGCCGUUGCACGCCACUUGUGGCGCACCGGGACGUCGUCGGGGAGGCUCCUGCAGCAACUUCUUGCGCUGGGACGACGGGGAAGUCGCGUCAAACCGCAGCAUGGUGACUCGGACUUUUGCGACUGAUUUCUUGCGGAACGCAUGAACAAAAAGCGAUUCUCCACACACCACCCAGCCACACCACACCACACCACACACCCUCCUCACAGCGAGCACACAUUUGAAGCUUUUUGGACACUGAUGGGAAUUGACUGAACACGCACGCACGCACGCACGCCGCAACUCAAAGAGCAAUGCUGCGCUGGGAGGCAAAACUCUUUUUUGGGACCUUUGCGGGAUUUGUGUUUUGAUGCUCUCGCGACAGGAAGCUGCGUAAGUUCCGCCACUCUCGUCGGCUUUCAUCAAACACUUGGCAAUGACGGACAGUUUUUGCGUUUGUUUCCAACUCAAGUAGUCAGGAUGCGUUCAAGUGCCGAGCUGAACCUCCAAGUGUUGGUCUUGCUGCUGCUGCGCAUCGGCGGGGGCUCGGCCAUUAGCUCCAUUGAGCCCGACUGGCCGGGAGAGGGCAAAUGUCAGCAAAUCAGCAUCCCCCUGUGCAAGGACAUCGGCUACAACACGACGCGCACGCCCAAUCUCAUGGGCCACGACGACCAAAAAGAAGCCGCCAUGAAGCUUCAAGAAUUCGCAACGCUGAUCCAAUUCGGAUGCCACAGUCAUCUGAAAUUUUUUCUUUGUUCGCUCUACGCCCCCAUGUGCACCGAGCAGGUGUCCAACCCCAUCCCCGCUUGCAGAGUCAUGUGCGAGCAGGUCAAAGUCAAGUGCUCGCCCAUUUUGGAACAGUUCAACUUCCCCUGGCCGGACUCGCUGGACUGCUCUCGGCUCCCCACCAAAAACGACCCCAACUACCUGUGCAUGGAGGCGCCCGACGACGGCUCCGACGAGCCUCCCAAAGUCUCGCACACCCAGACGCCCGAUUUCAGAGCGCAGCGCCCCCUCGACCCGCCGGAGCCGCCCCCGAGGGACACCGGCGGCGGGCGGUUGUGCGGCAACCCCGGCAAGUUCCACUACGUGGAGAAGAGCGAGUCGUGCGCCCCGAAAUGCUACCCCAAAGUGGACGUCUACUGGAGUCAGGGAGACAAGCGCUUCUCCUUGGUGUGGAUGGCCGCCUGGUCCGUCCUGUGCUUUGUGUCCAGCGCGUUCACCGUGCUCACUUUCCUCAUCGACCCCCAGCGCUUCAAAUACCCCGAGCGGCCCAUCAUCUUCCUCUCCAUGUCCUACUGCGUUUACUCGCUGGGCUACCUGGUCCGACUUUUCGCGGGAGCUGACAGAAUCGCCUGCGACCGAGACAGCGGGGUCCGCUACGUCAUCCAAGAGGGUCUGGAGAGCACCGGCUGCACCGUGGUCUUCCUCAUCCUCUAUUAUUUCGGCAUGGCGAGCUCCCUUUGGUGGGUCAUCUUGACCCUCACGUGGUUUCUGGCCGCCGGAAAGAAGUGGGGUCACGAGGCCAUCGAGGCCAACAGCAGCUACUUCCACCUGGCGGCGUGGGCCCUGCCGGCCGUGAAGACCAUCGUCAUCCUGGUGAUGAGGAAGGUGGCGGGGGACGAGCUGACGGGCCUUUGCUACGUGGGCGGCAUGGACGUCAAAGCGCUCACGGGCUUCGUGCUCGUUCCCCUCUCCUGCUACCUCGUCGCGGGCACUUCCUUUCUCCUGUCCGGCUUCGUGGCUCUCUUCAACAUCAGGAAGAUCAUGAAAACCGAAGGGGAGAACACAGACAAGCUGGAGAAGUUGAUGGUUCGGAUCGGCGUCUUUUCCGUGCUUUACACCGUGCCGGCCACGUGCGUCAUCGCCUGCUACUUCUACGAACGGCUCAACAUGGACCGCUGGCGCGCGCUGGCCGUCGAGCGCCAGUGUAAGGACGACGGCGGCCAGGGGUCCGAGUGCCUUUUGAAGACGUCCGUGCCCGCCGUCGAGGUCUUCAUGGUCAAGAUCUUCAUGCUGCUGGUGGUGGGCAUCACCAGCGGCAUGUGGAUCUGGACCUCCAAGACCUUGCAGUCCUGGCAGAACGUGUUCAGCAGGAAACUCCAAAAGAGGACGCGAAGGAAGGCGAGCGGCGUGUUCGCCGGCGGGCGGCCUUGCGCCAAACCUCAGCCGUCUCUCAAAGGGCACGCCGCCAAGUACCAACCCACGCGGCCCCCUCCCACAUGUGUAUGAGCUGCCUCUUUUCCCGCCUAGUAACGCCAUAAAACCCCCUCACCGUGACACGUUUAUGAUAGAUUUAUGCGAGCUGCAUUGAAUAUCAUGCAACAUGUUUUGUCGUUGUUGUAUCUCAUGCAACGAGAGCUGCCUUUGUUUGUGUGUGUGUGUGUGUGUGGGGGGGGGGGGGGGGGGG